UUCUCUCUCCGUCUGCACCUCCAUCAUUUCCCUCUACGUCUCUGUGGUUGUAGGAAGGAUGCCGCCCUGCAGACUCCUCGGUCUGCUGGGUCUCCUCGUGCUCGGCACAGGUGAGGUACUGAGCGCGGCGGGCGAGUCCUGCGACGACUUUACCGACCUCAACCUGUCGCACUGCUUCAUGGGAACCAGCCUGUACGUGCGGCUGCUGCUCUAUACCCGCUCCAACCUCGACUGCGGCCGCGAGCUCGACCACCACCGCCUGUCCUCGCAGCCGCUCUUCAACCUCUCACGCCCCACCGCCUUCGUCAUCCACGGCUACCGGCCCACCGGAGCGCCCCCCAUCUGGAUAGACCACCUCGUGCACCUGCUGGCGGAGCAGGAGGACAUGAACAUCAUCGUGAUGGACUGGAACAAGGGCGCUGCAAACCUCAACUACUUCAUCGCCGUCACCUACACCAGGGAGGCGGCGUACAACCUGACCGGCUUCAUCAUGACCAUGCAGGAGGAAGGAGCGUCGCUGAGCUCCGUCCACCUCAUCGGCGUCAGUCUGGGAGCUCACCUGGCCGGGUUUGUAGGAGCAAACCUGAAGGGGAAGAUCGGACGAAUCACAGGUCUGGACCCAGCCGGGCCGAUGUUCACCAGCGCCACCCCCGAGGAGAGGCUCGACCCCUCGGACGCCAUGUUUGUGGACGUUCUUCACACCGACAUGAACUCAUUUGGACUGAGAGGAGCUCACGGUCACAUUGACUUCUACGCCAACGGUGGAGCCGACCAACCAGGGUGCCCCAAGACCAUCUUUGCAGGUAAAUCUUACUUUGUGUGUGACCACCAGCGCUCGGUGUUUCUGUUCCUGUGCGCUCUGAACCGGACCUGCAGCCUCACCGGUUACCCCUGCUCGUCCUACAGCGACUUCCUGGAGGGCCGGUGUCUGCAGUGCGAGGCCUUCAAACCCGCGUCCUGCCCCGUGCUCGGUUACGAUGUGAGCCAGUGGAGGGAGACGCUGCUGCAGCUGGGACAGACCAAAGUCUUCUUCAGCACCACCAACACGCUGCCCUACAGGAAGCUGAACUACAGAGUGGACAUGGUGACCUGGAACCAGUACCUCCGCUGGGGGGUCGUCUACAUCCGGCUGCACAGCGGCAGAAACGUCACAGAGGCCCGAAUAGACCACAAGCCGCUCCAGUUCGAGCAGUACACCUCCACGCGGCUGCUGGCCCAGUUCGACGAGGAUCUGAAGCAGGUCCAGAAGAUCUCGAUGCGCAUCAACACGGGAAACGUGAUCGGCCCUCGCUACAAAAUCAGACUGCUGCGAAUACGCUUCACGCCGCUGGAGCGUCCCGAGAGGCCCUUGAUGUGCCGUUUCGACGUCAUCCUGGAGGAGAACAUGGAGGUGUCGUUUCGACCUUUACCCUGCAGCUCUGGCCUCUGACUCGCACCGGACGCACUUUUUCCUCU